AUGGUGGUGCUGACGGGCCGGGAUGCCGGAGGCGGGCAGGCCCCGGAGGAGCCCUACCUGAGGAUUGAAGACUGCCUGCCUCCUCUGGGGAGCUCCCCAUCCAAGAGGUUCUCCCCCUCCAAACGGAAGCAGUACUACAUCAACCAGGCCAUCCGCAACUCCGACCUCAUCCCAAAGGCCAAGGGGCGCAAGAGCCUUCAGCGGCUGGAGAACACUCGGUACCUGAUGACCCUGCUGGAGCGGGACGAAUGUGGGAAUGACGAUGGGGAACUCACGCACUCGGCUGCCCCAAGCAUCUUCACGGAGGCCUGCAACAACGAAACUUACAUGGAGAUCUGGAAUGACUUCAUGAACCGGUCUGGUGAGGAACAGGAGAGGGUCCUGCUCUACCUAGAGGAAGAGGCCAAGAAGAAGCACAAGAGGAAGCUCCCUGUUAAAGCGGAGGACAAGUGGAAAGAGCAUCCUGCUUACACGCCGAAAGAAUGUUUCCAGCGCAUCAGCCGCCGGCUUCGCACCACCCUGAGACGAGGCAGGAUCCCUAUGGGGACCCUGGAGUGUCUGGAGGAGGAGUUACUGGCCUUUUUCUCCGUCACCCCUCACUCCGUCUACACAGCGAUGAUGGACAAUAGCUUUGAGCGGCUGCUGCUCCACGCUCUCUGCCAGUACAUGGACCUCGUCUCUGCCAGUUCUGACUUUGAAGGGAAACGCCAAAUGAAAGUGAGCAACAAACACAGAGACUUCCUGCCCCCGGAGUUACUGCUGUCCGCCUACUUGGAGCAGAUGAGCUGAUAGGUCUGGAAGACAUCCCACUCAGUGCUCUGAAGGCUUCUACGAUCCCCGAAUCUGCUCUCCGUCCACUCAGUCCUCGGCGUACAAACGGGGGGGUGUCCCCACCCUCUCAGACGAUUCUCUGCACUUGUGCGAUGGCCUAACCGGCGGGUGGAUUUGCGUGGAGCCGGUUAGAUCGCCGCCCCCGGGCCCUGCUUCAAGAUGAGAAGUCUUCCCUUGCCCAUCGCUGAAGCCCUGCAGGCAUCUUCCGCAGCUGCCACUCUCUCUUCCCCGUGUGGCAAAGCUGUUGCAACACUGGGGUGUGACUUCCAGUUUCCUCCCCACCCCCGGGGUGCUCCUGGUUCCACCCAAGGCUUCUCUGUACUGCUCCCGGUACCCAGGGGAGGGCACCAUCUCUGCUCCUCGCAGGGGGGCCUGGCAGAGGCACCCCCCAGGCAGACCACUCUGUCAGGGGUGGAACCACCUGCUGGACAGCCCAAAACGUCAACCUUCAUCAUGCUCAAGUGUCCAACCCCCGCUCAAGUGUCCAACCCCCACUCAAGGACUGAGGACUCUGCCUCUCUUGAAGCCUUUGCUCUGGAUGGGCAGAGUCCUGGUUGGAGCGGGUGAGGGGGGUAGGAGCUGACUCCAGGGGUCUCCCCUGCUGCCUGUAGGCUGGUGGGAGGUGAGGAAGCAUCGUCCCUGCAGGCUUCCCUCAGCGGCCCAUCGACACUGUCAAAUGCAUAUCGGCUGUUGUUGCGACACUGUUCCCUCUUGUCGCGUAGAUGGGAUCUUGAUUGUGUCCCUUCUGCCCUCCAAGCCAUGUUCCGGAUUCAGGAUCCAGCCAGGUUCGGGGUGAUGGUGAAAGUCCUGUUCACGUAAAAUGGAAUCGUGCUUUUAACCAUGCUGGGGGAACAAGAUCGCUUCUGAAUAGUGAAGAUGGGCCCUUCAUCUCAGCCCCUUCGGGCCACAUCCUGCCCUCAUUUCUCUGACUCACUGGCCUCUUAGCUUGGCAGGGGGACUCCAGGACCUGCUGCUGCCGCCAGAUAUCACCGUGCUUAAGGUGUGAGACCAGUCUGCCGAGCCCUGCCUUGGGUGUGGCGCUAUCUCCCAGCAGUAGCUGUGCUCCCUGGAAGCGUGAGUGUCUAUACGCCAGCUCAUUUAAACACAAACAAACAACCUGUCCCUGGGGGACUCUGGCUUCCCCUGGGGCUGAAUUUGGAGCAGUAUUUUUGGGACAAAACAGUUCCCUUUCGGCCUUAGCAUUUCAGCUGCUCUGACCUGGCCCUUGAGCAGCUGAAUUGGUCUCAUUCCCCAGCUCAGCAAACACUUCAACAGGUGCCUAAAGCUUAAGCAUGGGCUGAAGUGCUUUGCUGAAUGUCCAGCAGCUGGUGGAGCAGAUCACUUGUAAGUUGCAUUUCACAAACCAGGGCGGCAGGGGAAUUACCACAGACUGCAACAGCCUUGCAGGGUCGGGGGUGGGCACUGCUUUGGUUGGUGCCUAACCCUGUUUCCGCUCGCUACCCACCACAGAGUUAGUGCUUUAAGGCAUUGCAGGCUCAGCCCCCCCUACAGGGGGCGUAGAUCUCCCCCCGAAUGCACGCAUUAGCACUUACCUAGCCUCGUCUCUGUGGAAGGCAAAGGAGUGAAAGAUCUGUGUGAAAAGCUCGAAGAAGUGUCCAAGCAGGACUUGGCGCCCCCCUCCCCUGCUGGCUGCUUGGUUUUGGACUAGGGAGAGCGAUCUGUUA